ACCCCUGAUCUCUGGGCCUUGCUUAAUCCUGACCCCUGAUCAUUGGGCCUUGCUUAACCCUGACCCCUGAUCUCUGGGCCUUGCUUAAUCCUGACCCCUGAUGUUCAUGUCAUAUCCAAAGUACUUUUCUAUCACUGCAAAUUUGCAGUUUACAGUUGAAAUUAUCCCCGGUGAUCCUGCCAUGGGGGCCCUUGUUCAGACACUUCCUGCUAUAAGGUGACAACGCUCUGUCCCUUCCCCCCUAUUGUGCUCUUGUGUUGUCACCCUGUCACAUGGGCCUCCAAUGGGCUCUACACAGACACGGUGCACCGUUGUCAGAAGUCCCGUCCUGAGAAAUGUCAUGCGGCCAUUGCUGAGUUGCAGGCAGGAAGUGGCUGUAAAGAGGCUGCCGGAGAUCCACGGCACUAAUAUGUAACAAAGGAUGUAUGAAAAAUUAAUUUUAAAUAAAGAAACCUGACAAUUGUUUGAUACUCGGGUGAGAUUUCUAUGUACAUGAAGCCAGCGGCGGUGCUGCGGCGGUGACUCUGGAGGACAAUAGAUGGCAAUGUCAGUACAACAGAUCCAGUGACUGCGGCUUUUCCCCCGAGGUGUGCUGUGGUUUAUUGCACAGGGGUGACCUUUGUCCCCGCUGUGUGACAAUGUGUAGUCAGGUUGUGUUUUUCUCGUAUCCCACGUGUCGCACACACGGCGAGGGAAGGGUUAGCCAGGCUCUGAGUGGUGGAAAUGGCGCUCUGACUAACAAUAGCGCACAGGUGCCGGUGGGCUGACGGGAGGCUUUUAUGUCGGUUUCCCCGGGACGGCGCUCUCAGGACGUGCUGUACGCACAGCUCCAUUCUACGGGAACAAAACCUCCGGCUGGAGCCGAUUGUACAGGCAGGAUUAGGCGUGCGUGGGUCGCAACAAAAACGCCAACAACAGCGCGCCGCUGUGCACAGUCUGGGUGGAGGAGGAGGAGGACGACCCCGCCGAGGACGCAGAGGAACCCGCUUUAAGGAUUUGCCUUCUUUCUCCCUUCUGGAAACUUUUAUAUUCAGCGUUGGAUCUAAUAUUCCAGGAACGUGAAAAAUGCUGCCCGGUGACCAGCUUCCAUCGAGGCCUAAUCCAGGGGCAGGUCACAGCUCCGGCCUCCUAAUACAGCUUCCAUCGAGGCCUAACCCAGGGGCAGGUCACAGCUCCGGCCUCCUAAUACAGCUUCCAUCGAGGCCUAAUCCAGGGGCAGGUCACAGCUCCGGCCUCCUAAUACAGCUUCCAUCGAGGCCUAACCCAGGGGCAGGUCACAGCUCCGGCCUCCUAAUACAGCUUCCAUCGAGGCCUAAUCCAGGGGCCGGUCACAGCUCCGGCCUCCUAAUACAGCUUCCAUCGAGGCCUAAUCCAGGGGCAGGUCACAGCUCCGGCCUCCUAAUACAGCUUCCAUCGAGGCCUGAUCCAGGGGCCGGUCACAGCUCCGGCCUCCUAAUACAGCUUCCAUCGAGGCCUAAUCCAGGGGCAGGUCACAGCUCCGGCCUCCUAAUACAGCUUCCAUCGAGGCCUAAUCCAGGGGCAGGUCACAGCUCCGGCCUCCUAAUACAGCUUCUAUCGUUGCCUGAUCCAGGGGCAGGUCACAGCUCCGGCCUCCUAAUACAGCUUCCAUCGAGGCCUAAUCCAGGGGCAGGUCACAGCUCCGGCCUCCUAAUACAGCUUCCAUCGAGGCCUAAUCCAGGGGCAGGUCACAGCUCCGGCCUCCUAAUACAGCUUCCAUCGAGGCCUAAUCCAGGGGCAGGUCACAGCUCCGGCCUCCUAAUACAGCUUCCAUCGAGGCCUAAUCCAGGGGCAGGUCACAGCUCCGGCCUCCUAAUACAGCUUCCAUCGAGGCCUAAUCCAGGGGCAGGUCACAGCUCCGGCCUCCUAAUACAGCUUCCAUCGAGGCCUGAUCCAGGGGCCGGUCACAGCUCCGGCCUCCUAAUACAGCUUCCAUCGAGGCCUAAUCCAGGGGCAGGUCACAGCUCCGGCCUCCUAAUACAGCUUCCAUCGAGGCCUAAUCCAGGGGCAGGUCACAGCUCCGGCCUCCUAAUACAGCUUCCAUCGAGGCCUGAUCCAGGGGCCGGUCACAGCUCCGGCCUCCUAAUACAGCUUCCAUCGAGGCCUGAUCCAGGGGCCGGUCACAGCUCCGGCCUCCUAAUACAGCUUCCAUCGAGGCCUGAUCCAGGGGCAGGUCACAGCUCCGGCCUCCUAAUACAGCUUCCAUCGAGGCCUAAUCCAGGGGCAGGUCACAGCUCCGGCCUUCUAAUACAGCUUCCAUCGAGGACUGAUCCAGGGGCCGGUCACAGCUCCGGCCUCCUAAUACAGCUUCCAUCGAGGCCUAAUCCAGGGGCAGGUCACAGCUCCGGCCUUCUAAUACAGCUUCCAUCGAGGACUGAUCCAGGGGCCGGUCACAGCUCCGGCCUCCUAAUACAGCUUCCAUCGAGGCCUAAUCCAGGGGCCGGUCACAGCUCCGGCCUCCUAAUACAGCUUCCAUCGAGGCCUAAUCCAGGGGCAGGUCACAGCUCCGGCCUCCUAAUACAGCUUCCAUCGAGGCCUGAUCCAGGGGCCGGUCACAGCUCCGGCCUCCUAAUACAGCUUCCAUCGAGGCCUAAUCCAGGGGCAGGUCACAGCUCCGGCCUCCUAAUACAGCUUCCAUCGAGGCCUAAUCCAGGGGCAGGUCACAGCUCCGGCCUUCUAAUACAGCUUCCAUCGAGGCCUAAUCCAGGGGCAGGUCACAGCUCCGGCCUCCUAAUACAGCUUCCAUCGAGGCCUGAUCCAGGGGCCGGUCACAGCUCCGGCCUCCUAAUACAGCUUCCAUCGAGGCCUGAUCCAGGGGCAGGUCACAGCUCCGGCCUCCUAAUACAGCUUCCAUCGAGGCCUAAUCCAGGGGCAGGUCACAGCUCCGGCCUCCUAAUACAGCUUCCAUCGAGGCCUGAUCCAGGGGCCGGUCACAGCUCCGGCCUUCUAAUACAGCUUCCAUCGAGGCCUAAUCCAGGGGCCGGUCACAGCUCCGGCCUCCUAAUACAGCUUCCAUCGAGGCCUAAUCCAGGGGCCGGUCACAGCUCCGGCCUCCUAAUACAGCUUCCAUCGAGGCCUAAUCCAGGGGCAGGUCACAGCUCCGGCCUCCUAAUACAGCUUCCAUCGAGGCCUAAUCCAGGGGCAGGCCACAGCUCCGGCCUCCUAAUACAGCUUCCAUCGAGGCCUAAUCCAGGGGCAGGCCACAGCUCCGGCCUCCUAAUACAGCUUCCAUCGAGGCCUAAUCCAGGGGCCGGUCACAGCUCCGGCCUCCUAAUACAGCUUCCAUCGAGGCCUAAUCCAGGGGCCGGUCACAGCUCCGGCCUCCUAAUACAGCUUCCAUCGAGGCCUAAUCCAGGGGCCGGUCACAGCUCCGGCCUCCUAAUACAGCUUCCAUCGAGGCCUAAUCCAGGGGCCGGUCACAGCUCCGGCCUCCUAAUACAGCUUCCAUCGAGGCCUAAUCCAGGGGCAGGUCACAGCUCCGGCCUCCUAAUACAGCUUCCAUCGAGGCCUAAUCCAGGGGCCGGUCACAGCUCCGGCCUCCUAAUACAGCUUCCAUCGAGGCCUAAUCCAGGGGCAGGUCACAGCUCUGGCCUUCUAAUACAGCUUCCAUCGAGGCCUGAUCCAGGGGCCGGUCACAGCUCCGGCCUCCUAAUACAGCUUCCAUCGAGGCCUAAUCCAGGGGCCGGUCACAGCUCCGGCCUCCUAAUACAGCUUCCAUCGAGGCCUAAUCCAGGGGCAGGUCACAGCUCUGGCCUUCUAGAUCUUCUAUAGGAGAUAUAAGAUAAAGAAGACGGAGAACAA